UGACGCCAGAGGGAAGCGCCGGGCCGGGCCGGGCCGUCACCGCGCGGCUGGCAGCGUGCGGGCCGGGCCGAGCCGAGCCGGGCCGGGCUGAGCCAUGGCUCCCGCCGCCGUGCCGGCGCCCGAGGUGCAGUUCGCGCAGCGGCUGGCCGCCAACGAGAAGCGCAUCCGGGACCGCGCCGUUAAGAAGCUGCGGGGGUACAUCAGCGGCCGCACGCAGCGCCCCGAGGGUGGCUUCAGCCAAGAAGAACUGCUAAAAAUAUGGAAGGGGCUGUUCUAUUGCAUGUGGAUGCAGGAUAAACCUCUGCUACAGGAAGAACUUGCAAAUAAUAUCUCACAGCUUAUCCACGUGAUUCAGAGUACUGAGGCUCGACACUUGUUCAUUCAAACAUUUUGGCAAACUAUGAGCCGUGAAUGGAAUGGGUUAGACAAUCUGCGUCUUGAUAAGUAUUAUAUGCUAAUCCGUCUGAUUCUGAGGCAGUCUUUCGAAGUGCUGAAAAGAAAUGGCUGGGAUGAAAGUCUAAGAGAACUAUUACUGCAGCUAUUAAUGAAAGAAGUUAUGGACCCAGACAGCAAUACUCCCAGCGGAAUAAAGUUCCAUCUCAUUGAUAUCUAUCUUCAAGAAUUGGCUAAAGUUGGUGCAAAGGAGCUCACAGCAGACCAGAAUCUCAAGUUCAUCGAACCUUUCUGCAAGUUUGUUGCCAAAUCAAAGGAUCCUAGCAUGAUGCAUGCUGUAGCCAGUGGUAUCUUUGAAGUCAUUGUGGAUCAGUCCCCUUAUGCCAUUGAGGACCUAAUGAAAGAACUGGGUAGUGGCAGUGAUGAGGAAGGCAUGUCUGAAGACGAUGAACACGGAAAUGAUGAGGUGCUUAAAACCAAAGCAGAUAAAUGCUUUUCAAAAAAAUCAGCGCAGAGCUCUGAUAAAACAGAGGAUGUUUAUGAAAAUGCUGAUGACAGUAUUGGGCCUGUUCUUCAGUUUGAUUACAAGGCUGUUGCUGACAAACUCUUUGAACUGGCAAGCAAGAAAAAUAUACCUGCGCGUAACAGAAGGUGUCUGUACAAGCUGGUCAGAAAGUUCCAGGACUUAGCAGAAGGAAUCUUCCCCGAAGAUUUUCCUGAAGAUGUUUCUACAGAUGAAGAUGAUGAUACAUUCAGCAGGGGAAGGCGAAAGAAAAAAGCUGUCAAACCUUUGGAGAAAAACAAUUUGGGAAAAGUAAAAGACUCAGGGAAGGAUGAAGAAGAGGCUUCAAGUGCGCAGGAGACAUCAGUUCAUCAGAAGAGGAGGAAAAAAAGGAAGAAGCGGGACGGCCCAAGUGCUGAUUCUGGAAAGGCUGAUGGAAACUGUGAGGAGGGAAUAGCUGAAACAUCUGGAUCUACUGUAUUGAACCAGGGAAAUGUGUCAGAAAAUAACAAGGAAAGGAAGAAAAAGAAAGUGCUAGUAAAUGAGGUGAACGAGACCAAAAAUGUAACAACUGACACCAGAGAUAAGCACAGCACCUCUGUGCAGACCAGUCAGACUGACACAGAACAGAGUAAAAAGACUCAGUCAAAGAAAACCAAUCCAAAAGUGCAGAAUGUUCCUGUAAAGCCUGCGUGUCAGAAUGGACCAGCUAAUGCCAGUGGGGCAGAGGAUGCCAGCCCAUCUGUCACACCGUUAAUUUCUAAGGUUGUGAAAAAGAAACAAAAAGCAGAGUCUGCCCUGGUCAAUGGGGAUGCCUUUUUGCAGCAGACUGGCCUGAAAUCCAACAAGGAGAGCUUGCCUGGGACACUGUCAAGAGAUGCAGACUCUGAAUCUGUACUCUCCAAGAAGGUCAAAUUGAAGAAAAAGACAAAGCUGGUUAGUUUGGAAGGGAUGAAGGUCUCCAACCAGAAAGCAGCAACCCUGAAAAAGAAGAGGAAAGUAAAAGAGGUGCUAAAUUCUGUUGAAGCCAAUGGAGUUGUGGAGACUGCAUGCAAGAAAAGCAGACAGGAGGAAAGCAGCACCGCUCUAGCACCAUUAAAGAAAAAGAAAGCAAAACCAGGAAGUGAUUUUGUAAAAUUUGAAAAAUCAACUUUACCAAAGCCGGUAUUCUUCAGGAAAGCCAAAAGCGCCAUCUCUGCCACCAGGGCCUCCAUGCAGCUGAAUAAACUGCAAUCAUCCGGCUCCAAAAAAGUCACCUUUGGCUUGAAUAAAAACAUGACUGCUGAAUUUAAAAAGACGGACAAAAGUAUCUUGGUGAGCCCGGAAGGACUGUCCCGUGUAGCUUUCAACCCUGAACAGAAACCCCGUCACGGAGUGCUGAAGUCACCUGCAGGAACCCCAACAGGAGAGUCUAAGCUGAAGAAACCAUUUACUGUUCCAGCUAAGAAGAAAUCAACUGCUAUGGACUUCUUUUAAACUAAUAGAUGUGGCCUACUUUUGUACAGAACAUUUUGCUAAACUAGAACAUUCUCUGGAGGUAUUUUGAACUUGUUUAUUUUUUUAAGUUAAUAUUGUAUAUACAAGAUUCUGGUUGUGACCUGGGACAUUGCUAUUUUGACACCACUUCAGCUGUAUCUUGAAAUAUUUGUUUUUUCUAUUAACAGAAGAGAAACAAAAUCCAGUCUCUGCUCAGGUGUGGUCUACAAAAAGUCUGGUCUCUGUCCAUGUAAUUCCCAAGAGACCCAUCCAUUUAAUUAAGGAAUGUUGAGGGUUAGAUUGCUCUGGGAAUUUUUUGAGCCAGUUAAAGAAAACUUGCACUUCAUGCUGUUAAACUGUCUCUCACUGGAUAGGGCUUAAGAAGUAAAAAACACACAUUUUUAACCCUAUUAGUUGUUCAUGUAACUUUAAAGUUUUACCCCAUCAUUUUUCCUGUGUCAACCUUCUCAUCUGUUAAUCCUUCUCGAAAUAAUGAUUACCUCAUGUCUCUGCUUAAUACCAGCUGGACUUGCUUCACUUUACCCAAGUAAGCAAGCUUUUCCUGGAAUGAUAAAUGCGUAGCUGCUCACCGAUACAAAUAAGCCUUCACAGCGGGUUGCCUGUAGAGCUGAGAACACUCACCAUGUUAUUUGCGGUAACACAAGUGCCAAAGCUGACUUACACUUGUCAUAUUGUAAGCUGGCUUCUUCUCUCUACUGUAACCAAAACAAUGCUCUCACAUGAAAGAAAUCCUUGAUAACUCCAGGCAGUCUCCCUCCCACCCGUCCACCCCCUGUGCUGACUUUCCUGAAGGUCUCACAAGGAUCGUAAUUUUCCUCUCUAGCAGCUGGUGUCACCACAUUUUACCAGAGCUCAGAUCUCAUUCAAUGAAUGAACUUCUGAUUGUAGUAAAGCUAGAUCAGCGUAGUGCAUCCUUGGCUAUAGGGUACACAUCUCACACUUUUGGUGCCUCUCAACACAGGGUGAAACUCUACAGCCCGAACAGUUUGGUUUUGGCUUUGAUGUAGAACCAGAAGAGAGUUCUUUCUGCAGCAUUUCCUUGUAUUAGGUUUUUAUUUGGACUUCUUACUGCUGCUGUGCAUGCUUUGAUUUCUUUUUUUUCUUUGCUUCUUUGGUACAGAGUGAGGUGUACUUCUCUGAGAAUCUAUUAAUGUAAUUUGAGGGGGAACUGUGCGGAAGGGGAGAGCAAACAAAUCUAAACUUCUGAUAUGGUUGAAAGAUUUUAAAUGUUUCUUUGAAAGUUUUGCUUAUGCAAAUGAAGUAAAGGCUUUGCAGCAGAUCUCUACAUUAGAGUUCCGUUUCAAAGCAGACCUGGUGCCAGAACAAAGCUGUUCAUGAAACUUCCCACCAGCUGCUUCCAGGAUCCUUUAAGAGAGAGAGUAGGCCUGCUUCAUUACUUUGUCUCAUGAUAACUGAUAAACGUUUAGCUGCUUCAGCCAGCAAAAUUAAACGUUGUGGCAUAACAUAUUUGCUUACUCAAAUACUACUUUUUAACAGUCUUUGCUGAUUGUCCUCCGACAGAUUACUCCCCAUAAGUAACUGGGUUAAAACCACUCUUUCAUAGUUCACCUAGAGUUCCUUCAAAAUACUUGUGUCCUUGUAGAUUGCUAGUUGGUCUCAGUUAAUUCUAAUCCAUGCUGGUUCUUGCACUAAAUUUGUGGUACUGCCAUCAGAGUGUUAGAAAGUCAUUUUGCUUGUCUUUUCUCAUAUAAAUGAAGGACUGAUUUAUUUAAAAAAAAAAAAAGUUUCUAUUGGUUUAACAGAUCAGUAAAGAACUCUGGAGAAUACAUCUGAUAAAAUUGAUAAUAUCUGCUGUUCGAGCAAUCAUUGUUAAUCUUUAAAAUGUCAUUUUUUUAAUUAGCAUAAUGCAAUUUUCUGACAAGACAAUAAGUGUGUUGUACCUUUAUCUUGUACUUGGGUGAGAAGUCGUUUGGAAUUUGCAUAAAAGAAUUUGUACGUGCAUGGCUGUUCAUGCAGUAUGUUGAAGAUGCAAUAUUCCUCCUAGGAUAGAGAUGCAAACAAUCAGUAGGUGGAUCUGGUUUGCAUAGAUAAAUCAAGGAUGGGGAUGCAUUGGGGUUUGGUUUAUUAUAUAUAACCUAUUAUGGAAAUGUAUUUAAAUAGUCAUCUAAAUCUCUUUUAAUUGGCUCUGAAUCUUUUGAACCUGUUGCUUGUUCAAGUACCCUGUUGCCCACAGUAAUAAAUGGAGCAGGCAGGAAUGGCAGUCAGUUUUUUAGCUAAAAUUUUAGUGGUGUGGUUGUGUGUUGGGAUUCAUGCCUAAUGGUGUGCCAUGGCGCUGCCACAGUGUUUUGUACAUAUGCAUGUGGAGUGUGUAUUGUCUGCAGCAGUGUCUAGAACUUCAUCCAGGACAACUUUACAAACAAAAAUCAAACCCUGUCAAUUCAGUUUCAUUGGCAUUGUUGGGUUAAAUUGAUGCAAAAACUAUGCAAAAUAUUUGCAUAGUGAAAGUUGCAAUAUCCAUUUUUCUUCUUUUUGUCUUCAAUGUUUAAAUGUUACAUCUGGGAUACCCACUGCACAGACAAAAGGGCAUUGUAAGGAGAGGUGUAUCUAUGGGGGGAAAAAAGUAAAAGAAAAACUGAUCUAACCUGUUUGUCUCUUCGUAGUUUUUUCAGAGUUAUUCUAAUUCUACAGCUGCCAUUCACUCUGAGUUAAAAUAUGUUUCUGGCAUACCUUUUAAAAGACAGUAUUUUAUAAUGGUUAUCUACAGGUAUGUUACAAAUCUGAUCAGCUUUGCAUUUCUUAAGCUCAAAUCAUUUAUAAUUCUUUAUAGCUUCAAGAGAACUCAAAAGCACAAAAUUCAGCAAGGUAUAAAGUUGAAACUAUAUUUGAAUUGUUGGGCAUGUAAGAUCUUCUGUAGUCUAUCAAAGCUUUGUGACUUGGAAGGCAUUAAAUGCCCUUUUUUGUAUUUCCUGUGCUUAGACUCAUUACAUGCAUUAAAAAGCUCCAUGCAUUGUUUAUGUACCUCUGCAACAGCAUUGUUAAUGCAAAUUUGGUGUCUAAGCAUUAGAUCAUUUAGUCUUGUUCAAUAAAUCUUUUUUUUCUUGUGGA